CUUAGCUGGGCAGUUUCUUCUUUUUAUCCUCUUCUUGCCUCAUAUUGGUCGAAUCCUCCCAGUUCACUUCCAUUUCAUUCCUCCUUCGACAAUCCCUCUAUCAAUUAUCCAUUGUAUAUCCUCACCAUGAAAAACCCUUUCACCAACAACAACAACUCCCAACCCCAAUCCCAAUCCCAAUCCCAACCACAAUCAGAAUCAACACCCCCCUUCCCUCCCUCCUCCACAGCCUCCGACAACGAAAAAAAGCGCCGCAGCUCCUCCUUUGACGAAAGCCGCGUCCCAUGGGUAACAUGGCGCUCCCUCACCCUGGGCGCAUUCGUCUCUAUCGGCGGUAUUAUUUUCGGUUAUGAUACGGGCCAGAUCUCAGGGUUCCUCGAAAUGAUGAACUAUAAGCAGCGGUAUGGACAGUUUAGGAAUGGGGAGUGGGCAUUUAGUAAUGUUAGGUCUGGGUUGAUUGUUUCUAUGUUAUCAAUCGGCACCAUGAUAGGCGCCCUCCUCGCCGGUCCCCUCGCCGAUCGAAUCGGCCGUAAAUGGUCCAUUUUCGCCUGGUGUGUGAUUCUGCAUGUUGGCCUGAUUAUCCAGAUCUCUUCUCCGUCGGGGAAAUGGUAUCAAAUGAUGAUGGGUCGUUUUGUGACGGGGUUUGGGGUUGGUGCUUGUUCGCUGCUUGUUCCUAUGUAUCAGGGUGAGAUUGCGCCGAGACAUAUUCGUGGUGCGAUGGUUUGUUCCUACCAACUCUUCGUAACCCUGGGAAUCUUCAUUGCCUACUGCAUAAACUACGGCACAGAACACAUCUCCAACACCGCAUCCUGGCGCAUCCCCCUCGGAAUAACAUUUCUCUGGGGUCUAAUUCUCGGAUUCGGAAUCCUCCUCUUCCCCGAAUCACCACGUUUCGACUACCGCAUGGGGAAAAUCGAUAUUGCCAAGAAGACGAUGAGCAAGUUAUACGGUGUCUCGGAGAAUCACCGUGUCAUUGUUCAUGAGAUUCUUGAGAUUCAGGAACAACUUGAUGCAGAGAAGGGUGCGAGGGGUGGUUGGCAUGGGUGGAUUGAAAUGUUUCAGGCUCCGAGGAUGCCGUAUCGGAUUGCCCUUGGUGUGGUGCUGCAGGCGUUGCAGCAGCUUACGGGUGCUAAUUAUUUCUUUUAUUAUGGAACCGUCAUCUUCAACGGCGCCGGCAUCAGCAACACCUACGUAACCCAAAUGAUCCUCGGCGGCGUAAACUUCGGCACCACCUUUGGCGGCCUCUACGUAAUCGAGCACUUCGGCCGCCGCAAAUCGCUCAUCGCCGGCGGAAUCUGGAUGUUCAUCUGUUUCAUGAUCUUCGCCUCCGUCGGGCACUUCUCCCUGGACGUCGCAAACCCCCCCGCAACCCCCGCUGCCGGAAAAGCAAUGGUCGUCUUCGCGUGCCUCUUCAUCACCGGCUUCGCAAUGACAUGGGGACCCAUGGUAUGGGCCAUCGUCGCCGAACUAUAUCCCAGUCGUUACAGAGCACGGGCAAUGGCGUUAGCGACGGCGUCGAAUUGGUUGUGGAAUUUUUUGAUUGGGUUUUUUACCCCGUUUAUUACGGGGGAUAUUGAUUUUGCGUAUGGGUAUGUGUUUGCGGGGUGUUUGUUUGUUGCGGUGCUUGUGGUUUAUUUCUUUGUUCUGGAGGGCAAGGAUAAGACGCUUGAGGAGAUGGAUAUGAUGUAUGUUAUGCGGGUGAAGCCUUGGGAGAGUUCGAAAUGGACGGCGCCGGCGCCGGAGGAGCAGUUGACUACGGCGCAGUUGAUGGAUCAGAGGGUCGCCGAGGGGUUUGAUCGGGAGGAGGAAGAGGCAGCGGGGAGGAAGAAUGCUGAGAUGCCGGGGCAUAUUCAUGCGGAGGAUACGACGGAGGCGGGGCCUUCGCAGGCUUAG